AUGUGUCUCAACUCCCGAUGGUGUGUUCCGGCCCAGUUUGGCUACUAUAUCAGUGGUGGGAAGGCAGUGGGAGGAAGAGAAGAAGUCGUCACUUCUAGCGUCAAGCCUAGAGUAAGGCACGGAGAAGCGGGCAAGUGUGAGCUCGAAUGUCAAAGCCGCUGUCGAGCAGGGGCGAUGCAGAAGGUGGCAGUUGACGGAGAGCGAGGACUGGAGGACUCGAGGACUGGCUGGAUACUCGAGGACUGGCUGGAUACUCGAGGACUGGCUGGAUACUCGAGGACUGGCUGGAUACUCGACUGGAUACUGGAUGUGGUGGAAACUUGA